UCCCGCCCAUCGGCUUCGGCUUGCGGGCCUUUCAAACAUGGAGGAGCGCGAGUGGGGGGCGAGGUCGGCUCGCGCCGGCAGCCCAGCCAGCCCGCCCAGCCCGCGGCUGGACGUCAGCUCCUACAGCUUCGACCCGCUGCUGGCCCUGUACGCGCCGCGCCUGCCGCCCAUUCCUUACCCCAACGCUCCGUGCUUCAACAACGUGGCGGAGUACGAGAGCUUCCUGAAGGGCGGGCGCACCGGGCGCGGUCGAGCUCGGGGCACGGGAGAGCCGGCCUCGGCGGGAACCUCCACCGGAACCUCCACGGGAGCCGGGACCUCGUCCAGGGCCCGUCGCCGAGCCGCGCCCACCCCGGAUCCCGAGCGCAUCCAGCGCCUGCGCCGGCUCAUGGUGGUCAAGGAGGACACGGACGGCACGGCCGGGUCGCGACGCCAGGGCCCGGGGCGCAGCAAGAAGGCACCCCGCAACGUGCUCACGCGGAUGCCCUUGCAUGAGGGUAGCCCUCUGGGCGAGCUGCACCGCUGCAUCCGAGAGGGGGUGAAGGUGAACGUGCACAUCCGCACUUUCAAGGGACUCCGUGGCGUCUGCACUGGCUUCCUCGUUGCCUUCGACAAGUUCUGGAACAUGCUAUUUGAUCGGCUGAAACUCCAAGAUUCCUCCAAAAAGGAAGCAGAUUCCAAGUCUGCAGUGGAGGACUCCACCCUGUCUCGUUACUCCCAGACAUCCACUUGGAAGGUGGCUUCGGUGUGGGGACGAGGGGACACUGACCGCGGCUCACACAGGCGCUCCCGCUCCGUCCCUUCCUCCCUGCAGGCAUCUGCAAGGGAGGAGUCCAGGUCUGAGCUGUCAGGGAGGACUACACGGACAGAAGGGUCCAGUGUGGGAGGUACCUUCUCCAGGGCCACCACCCUUUCACGGGGCCAGUCCCGUAAGAAAAAGCGAAAGCCCAAGGUGGAUUACCAGCAGGUGUUUACUCGACACAUAAAUCAGAUUUUCAUUCGAGGCGAGAAUGUCCUGCUGGUUCAUCUUGCACAGUGAGCAGCUCAGCCCCACUUGACCUUUGGGUUUUAGAAAUAAAGUGCAUGAACUGUUCCCAUGCUAUAUCCUAGUAUCCCAGACAGUGUGAGUCGAAGUGGUUCCCGCUGGUCCUGCCCGUGCAGAGCACAGAGCUGGCUCACCCUCUGGAAGGACAGGUCAGCAGUUCUAACAGGCAACAGCCAUUCACAGGACACGCUCUGACGGGCUGCCACUGGCUGCUCCAGAGUCUCAAGUGUAAGCGCUUUGCUUUGACUUAGGGUCCCAGUACAAGUGGACUCCACUCCGUGGAACCUCAGGAGUGUCUGAGAAGGAAAAUUUUCAUUUCCAAAGGCUAGCGCUCUGAGCACCAUGAGUUUGAUCUCACGAUGAUCGUGUUCGAGCCGUGUAAAUUGCCCAAGAUCCCACAGCCAUAUCUUAGAACUGAUCUUCUACAUCAUUCUCUCUUGAUCAAGAAAUGAAAUUUUUUAUCCUUUGAAUAUUGAUAAGGUCUAGGAAAGUUACCAGCUUAUGAAGGAGUAAAGCUCAGCUAGGUGGUUGCUCCAAGCAGCCAGUGGUAAGCUCUCUGCUCUGCCCCCCUCUCCCCCUGGGAAGGUGUGCAGAAGCUUGUCUCCCUCACCAGAGGUGGCCUCUGCACAUGGCACACCAGAUGGGACUGUCCCGAACUUGUGGCUUGUCCUCUCCGACUCCUGUGGCAUGGUGCUAGUGCAUGUGACCUGUGCUGUCACCCCAUGUGUUAUGUGUGACCUGUCCUGAUGCGCCCUUCCUGUCUGACUUCAGAGAGUUCUGCAUGAACUCAGUAAUGCACAUCUCUCUCACUGCUGGGAGUUGCCUUUCCAGGCGGGCCUGGCCUUGGGUAGAAAGUCUCAGAAUGGUGUCACCGAAAGAGGGGUCAUACUUUAUUCCCUGUGUCAAGCCAGUGAGGUUUUUAGAAAGAAAGAUGGGUGUGUCCUAAGGGCCCUUGACUCCCAUUUAUGCUUGAGUGUCAGGAAUACCAAAGGACCCAGGUUGCUCCUACUUGAAUCAUAUCACCGUAUGCUUUUCAGUCACUAGUACAGACUGGCCUGCAUCUUGACAUAGACUGUUAGGCACCAUUGACUUACAAACUUUUGUUUAUACUUGCUCUGUCUUAGAUAACUUAUGUUCAGAGGGAGAAUGAGAAGUAGCUAGUUAGUCCAAAUGUAUGUUUGAAUAGAACAUUUCCCCUGCCGGGUCUUUGAAUAGCAUUGGUAAGCCCUCUGAGAAGCAGGGUAAAUCAAGUUUAGAGACUGGGACACUUGGUUCUUCUGUUAGCUGGACCACUGCCUCAUCAGACAAUGAAAAGUCAGCAGACGUGCCUCAGUUUCCCCAUCAGACACCUACCUCACCAGGGCACUGUGGCAGUUUCAGGAAGACAUUUUACAGCCUCUAAGCAUAUCUAAGUGCCGUGAAUAAAUCUCCUUACUCUAGAGUAUAGCUCUGUAAAACUUCUUGUUCUGUGAGUGAGGCAGGUGCUGUAAAGAAAGCGAUCUUCCAGCUGUCAUUUCUGGUCCUGUAGCCUCCAUCAGAGGACUGUGAGAGCUUCCUGGUCUGUCUCUCCUCUAGAAAGAAGCAGGCGAUCUCAGAGGAACACCUUCAUCUAGGAGAAAGUGACUCUCUCUGCUGCUGCCCCACAUCCCAGGCCUGCUUUUCAAGGGGAUCUGUUCUGGUACUGCAGGGAGAAUAUGCAGCUAAAAGCACAGCUCCCAAAGGGGAUUUCUGGGCUUGUCUCUUCUCACUUUACCUGUUUUUAUUUCCAGUUGUAUCUCCAUUUGAAGGUAGGGCAGGUGCACUGGAAGCUCUGGUGAAGACUCAAGCUCAAAGCUCUUUAUCCUGUAGUCUAAAUUCUCCUCGGCCUCCUAGGCCAGAUCUGUUGUUCAGUUGCUUUGCUCACCCAUCAGUCUGGAGCGCCUCUCAAGCCUUGCUCCCUGUGUGGCUCUGCACCCCCAUCUGCCCUGUCCCUCUUAGGUAGAAGCUAGAAUGGAUGCUCUUUCCCCGACUGUGUAGAGAUGUGCAAUCCAAAGGAAUAGAGAGGUUUCUGUCCAUCCUAGUGAGCUCCUGGUGCCAACCUCAUGUUAGCAUACAGCUUCUCACAUUUCUAUAAGGUCUGAUUUAUAAUUCCCCUCAACAUGACAACUCUCUGUGAAAACUGUCUUUGAAUUUCAUGUGUUCUAAUUUGCGUAAUUCGGACAGUGAUUCAGAAAUGAACACUCUUUAGGAAAUGUGCAGUUUUGUGCAAAGCAUGGCAAUUAUUUUUUAGAAAAGUCAAUUUAAUAAAUUAUUGCCUUUAGUUUUGGAACAAUUUUUAAAAAUAAAGAAAAAUAGGUCCUAAUAAUGUUCUGCUUCUCCAAAUAUCACAGAUAUCACAGGUCAUCUGUGAGUCACUGUAGUGGCUUGGGGGAUGGGGAACUGUGCUGGGUGCUUCAUGGUGGGCCCUGUGCUCUGUUCAUGAGACCCUGAGUUCAGUCUCUGGCCUGGAUGAAUGAGUGAGUCAAUGAGUCACUGGCUGAAGUUUUCCUUCUGAGAAAAAAAGAACCCAGGAAAAGGGGUUGGUGAGGUCACCUCCUAGAAGAUGCACCCCUUUCCACUAAGGAGCCCCACAAUUCAAGAACGGAAUAGAACCUCUUCACUUGUGUUCUGUGGGGGUUACAGUUCUCUUACGGAUACACUUUACUUUCGAAUAAAUGGCUCUGAUUGUUCAAACUAAUUUCUAGCCAUCUGAAUAAUUCACAGAAUAUAACUAUUUUUUUUUUUUUUUGAAACAGUCUCACUGUGUCUGCCUGUCUGGGCUGGAACUCACUAAGUAGACCAGGCUAGUUUCAAACUCGCAGAUCUGUCUGCCUUUGCUAUAACUAAAGAGGUGUCCUACCACCCUUUGGCUCAGCCAUUAAUAUUACCAGCUUGGCCACAGUUCUUGUGCUCAGCUUGAAGAGAAAUUACACGUGGGCAAGUAUUACCAUCUGAACAGGCUGUUAAAGGUUCAUGCUCAAAUGUAAGGGAGACAACGGACAGGACAGGGCAGGACAGGGGCCCUGGGUGCUGUCCAAGGACUAAGGAAUACAACUUAAAUAGACAAAGGGAGCCUGGUUAUACAGGCCCAGUCAGCCCAUUGUACAGAGGCCUAGAUUUCUCCGUGUGUCUCGGUGGCUGGGUUGACGGAGUGGUCUGUGUGCUUCUGUCAGUGCUUUUGCAGAAGCUGCUGGCUGUGCUCAUCCCACCAGGAAUAUCCUUGUGUUGGUCAAGUUCAGACAUGAUCCAUAUAGGUCACAGGAAAGCCGGGGAGCGGGGGAAGGUUACAGGUGGGAGGACCGUUUGAAAGAAGUGUGCAUUAAAUGGGCAGAGUUAAUGUAGAACCAUUUCUGUGUCCACAAAGCCGUCCUUAUACUCCAUAUCAGUACAGCUGUCACCUGGGUUGUCUGUCUUAGUGUCUGGGAGGCCUGAGGUUUCCCUUAGGACCAGCAGGUGGUUUGUGAAAUGCUUAGCCAGUUAGCAUCUGAGGCAGGGAUCUGAAGGAGUCUGUGUCUUGCUUUCUUUGCCUGCUGCCCAUGAAGGCAGAGUGCAUUCUGGUGUGGGUGCCCAUGAACUCUUGCUGGGAGCUGCUGUCGGAUCAGAAGCAGCCUCAUCUGCCUUGGCAUAGAAAGAGUGCUCCUUCGGGCUGUCAGGUCAUGAGCUCUGGGCUGCCCUUACUCCUCAUCAGCCUCACAGAGGUCUGUGCCGACACUUCUGCCCUUUAAGACAAAAGAAAUAGACCCAGCAUGAGUGGAAGUGGGUGUCUGUUUGCACCGUUCCCGUGACAGCCAUCCAGGCAAAAUCAUGAAAUACACUUGGUUCUGUAAAUUGCUUCUUUAAAUGUCCUGUAGAUUUUUUCCUGUAGGAAAAAAAUUAAAAGUAUUCAAAGACA